AGGAUGUACAACUUUUAGUCCGUUAUUUGCAGCACUUAUGUCAGCAGCGUUCAAACGUUCACCAGUAAAGCAUUUCGAAACCUUUGGAUCCUUUUCGUAGUCACGGUAAACAGACUCCAACAUGUCUCCGAAAAAGCAAGAAAGACAAGAAGCUGACCCCAGCUCUAUUCCAUGGUAUGAGUCCCUAGACCCUUAUAUGAGCUCUCUACCUUGGGAUGAACAGGUAGAAUUAGAGGAAAAGCGAAUGGAAGAAAUGCAGAAUGAAAAUCUCAUGAACAGAGAGAAGAUUAAGAUCCUGACGGAAGAAAAUGAGAGAAAGAGCGCUGAAUUAGAAAAAUUAUCCUACCAGCUUCAGGAAAAAGAAGGUAUUGAGGAGAAACAAUGGGCUCUCCAAGAUAAGAAGAAUCAGGUGCUCCAAGAAAAGCUGGAUGACGCUCUGGAAAAAAUUAAAGAUCUGCUCCAAAAGGAGAAAAAAGAGAGCAUAAAACAGGAAACCAUGGUCAGGAAGAAUCAGGAGCUCCAAGAAAACCUUGAUGAAGCUCUGGAGAAACUUAGAGAAAUCCACCAAGAAGAGAAACAACAGGCCGAGCAGAGAGACAUGCAGCGCAAACUCCAAGCCAUGGAGGAAAAACACAAAGCGCUGCAGGUGAAACAUGACAAAACUCUGCACAAAAAUCAACAGUUGCUUCAAAACAAGAAGCAAAUGGAAAUGAAACAGAAGGAAAUGGACUCCAAGCAUGACGAGAUGGAGGAAAAACACAGACUGCUCCAAAUCAAGCUUGAGAAAACAGUGCACAGAAAUAAAGAGUUCAUUGAAGAGAAAGAGCAACAAGAAAUCUUCGAGAAAGAAACGGACUCCAAGCUUGAAGUCUUGGAAGAAAAACUGAAAAUGCUGCAAGUAACUCUUGAGGAAACACUGCUCAAAAAUACAGAGAUGCUUCACGAGAAUGACCAACAAAAAAUACAAAAGGAAGAAAUGGAUUGCAGGCUGAGGAACAUCGAGAAACAAAAUAGAGGCUUGCAAGUAAUGCUUUAUGAAGCUCUCGAAAGGAAUAAAAAGUUCCUUUACGAGAAAGACCAAUGGAAAAUACAUCAGCAAGAAAUGGAGUGCAAGCUGAGGCACAUCGAGACACAAAAUAGAGGCUUGCAAGUAAUGCUUGAUGAAGCUCUGGAAAGGAAUAAAGAGUUCCUUCACGAGAAAGACCAACGGAAAAUACAUCAGCAAGAAAUGGAGUGCAAGCUGAGGAACAUCGAGAAACACAACGAAGGCUUGCAAGUUAUGCUUGAUGAAGCUCUGGAGAGAAAUAAAGAGAUUCUCCAAGACAAGAAACAACAGCCCGAAGAGCAGAGAGACAUGCAGAGCAAACUCCAAGCCAUGGAGGAAAAAUACAAAGCUCUGCAGGUGAAACAUGAUAAAACUCUGCACAAAAAUCAACAGUUGCUUAAAGACAAGAAGCAAAUGGAAAUGAAGCAGAAGGAAAUGGACUCCAAGCUUGAUGACAUGGAGGAAAAACACAGACUGCUCCAAAUCAAGCUCGAUAAAAAAGUGCACAGAAAUAAGGAGUUCAUUGAAGAGAGAGAGCAACAAGAAAUCCUCGAGAAAGAAACGGACCACAAGUUUGAAGUCUUGGAGGAAAAAUACAAAAUGCUCCAAAUAACUCUUGAGGAAACACUCCUCAAACAUAAAGAGCUGCUUCAAGAAAAAGACCAACAGAAAAUACAACAGGAAGAAGAAAUUUUUUUUCUCCACAAGAAAUAUCUAGCACUCCAAGAAUUGUAUAACGAAACGAGGUACAAAACAUCUGUACUGGAAGGAGAAAAGAAAAAAAUGGAAAAACAAUGCUCAGCGAUGCAGAGUAGCAUCAAUGAAAUGCUGAGAAAAAAUACCGAACUUGAAGAACUUUCUAAGACCUUGAAGUCCAAAAACACUGAAAUCCAGGCGCAAAAGCAAGAACAACAGAAAACACAUAAAGACCUGCAGUGUAGACUUCAAGAAAUCCAGAAGAGAAACCAGCAGCUGGAAGACAUGCACACAGAUGUGCACAAGGCAAAGCGAAUAGAGGAGGCAACAGUUAAAGAACUGCAAGACAAGCUUAAAGAAAAACAAGAACAAUUAGAAGACAUGGUGAAAAGAUGCAGCAAACUUGAGAAAGAAAACACAGAAACAAUGGAUGAGCUGAAAACCCUCAUCCUUGAGAAAAAAGUGCUCGUGGAACAUUGUCUGAAAAAGAAGAGAAAACGUUUCCACUGGUUCUGGAGAAGGGACACUGCUGCUUCUCACCUGAUGUAACCAUGUCUUCCUCCGCCUCUAUUCCAGCUUAAUUUUCCCCCUUCCCCUUCCCCUCCCUCCUUUUUCUUUUUCACCCUCACCCCCCGACCAGUCCCGGCAGUUGAC